AUGCAAAUUCAAAACGUAAAAAUUAAGAAUAUAACUAAACAAAAUAAAAAAUUAUUUGUUGUGGAUGACGAGAGAGACCGCCAUCCCAUACUUCAGCUUCUUGUCACAGACUUGGACGACAUCCCCAAAGACUACUACAAGAAGCUGAAGGAUGGAGGUCUCUCUCUUGUCAUCCACAACACUUGA